AUGUGCUCAUACCAUGUUAGCUUGGCUCCGCAAUCUCUGCUUUCAGCCUCUGCACGAAUCCUACCAGUCAGUCAUAAAAUGCCACCGUCUGGCUGGCCUUCUCUCAACGGUUUUACCGUUGACCACGAUGCGACUUGGUCCUCAGCUGUCCCAAGCUCGUCUCAACACUCUUACGUUAUCAAAGAGGCAAUCUUCCGGUUCCCCACCUCUGCGGAUAGACUAUUCUGUCUUUCUCGUGGCUCGGGCCCGUUGGCUGGUGGUACUUUCCACUUGACACAAAGUGAUCGUUUGGAACUUGCGAAUCGCAUUGAGAUCAAAAUUAUUGUGGAGUAUUGGACAGGAAAUGUUCAUACAUUGGAUUCGAUAUUGAAGGUUUGUGAGUUGAGGAGAAUGGAGAAUCAGUAUGGGAUUGGGAUCCUGACACGACCUCCGCCUGGCUUCGAAAUGAGCUACCAGUUUUAUGCCAACAUCAAGGUCGUCGUCACCCUGCCCAGGCCUCAACUUGCAGCCAUACUCCAACUCAAGAAUUUUGAGACGGACCUGCCUAUGUACUCACAUCUGAUCGAUAACCUGGCAUCUACCGUGUAUUUUCGCACUAUCUCACUGCGAAGUUGUAACACGCCGAUAAGAGUUGAGUCAAUCGGAACUGGAAAAGCCAGUUUCGAGACAUCCAAUGCUCCAAUUGAAGGCUUGUUCGCCACUAAUACGUCCCUGAAAAUCGUCACUAGCAAUUCUCACAUCCGUGCUUCUGUAUUCUUACAAAGUAACGACGCGACUAGUUUUUCCGAACUGACAAUGAGAUCUUCCAAUGGUCCUAUCAAUGCCUCGAUAAUCCUUGGUGCUCCAACAUCAACGAUUUCAGAGCGUGGAGGCAACUUUUCCAUCAACGCUUCUACACAACUAGGCCCGUUAUCCCUCAUCUUUCCUUCCGCACCUCCGUCGUGCAAUCUCCAUCUCCAAGGAUCCACCUCUUUAGGACCUGCAGAUAUCACCCUUCCAAAAACAUACGAAGGCGCGUUCAAGGUGCAGACUUCUCUGGGUCUUGCUUUUACCGGAUUCGGGAACCGAAUGGAGAGAGUGGAAAGAGUGCACGGAGCGCACCGAAGGCUGUUGUUUGAGCAGGACGGAGCAGUAGAGAAAAAAGGCUCCGUUUGUUCGAGUGACGAGGGAAGAUGGCGUGGUGAAGUCAAAAUAAUGACUUCGAUGGCACCGGUAACGCUUCGGUUUUAG